CCCCUCCGCCGGCCGGCCGGGCCCCGCCUCGGCUCCGCGCCCUCGCCCCGCUCUCAGCCGCCGCUCUGCCCCGCAGCAGCCAGCCCCGUCCCCGGCAGCAUGUUCAGCUGGGUCAGCAAAGAUGCCCGCCGCAAGAAGGAGCCGGAGCUCUUCCAGACGGUGGCCGAGGGGCUGCGGCAGCUGUACGCGCAGAAGCUGCUGCCCCUGGAGGAGCACUACCGCUUCCACGAGUUCCACUCGCCCGCGCUGGAGGACGCUGACUUCGACAACAAGCCCAUGGUGCUCCUUGUGGGCCAGUACAGCACGGGCAAGACCACCUUCAUCCGGCACCUGAUCGAGCAGGACUUCCCGGGCAUGCGCAUCGGGCCCGAGCCCACCACCGACUCUUUCAUCGCGGUCAUGCACGGCCCCACCGAGGGCGUGGUGCCGGGCAACGCGCUCGUCGUCGACCCGCGGCGCCCCUUCCGCAAGCUCAACGCCUUCGGCAACGCCUUCCUCAACAGGUUCAUGUGUGCCCAGCUGCCCAACCCGGUCCUGGACAGCAUAAGCAUCAUCGACACUCCUGGGAUCCUGUCUGGAGAGAAACAGCGCAUCAGCAGAGGUUACGACUUCGCUGCCGUCCUGGAGUGGUUCGCCGAGCGGGUCGACCGCAUCAUCCUGCUCUUCGAUGCCCACAAGCUGGACAUCUCUGACGAGUUCUCCGAGGUCAUCAAGGCCCUCAAGAACCAUGAGGACAAGAUCCGCGUGGUGCUGAACAAAGCAGACCAGAUCGAGACCCAGCAGCUGAUGCGGGUCUAUGGGGCUCUCAUGUGGUCCCUGGGGAAGAUCAUCAACACCCCCGAGGUGGUCAGGGUAUACAUCGGCUCCUUCUGGUCCCACCCGCUCCUCAUCCCUGACAAUCGCAAGCUUUUUGAGGCGGAGGAGCAGGACCUCUUCAAAGACAUCCAGUCUCUGCCCCGAAACGCUGCCCUCAGGAAGCUCAAUGACCUGAUCAAGCGGGCACGGCUGGCCAAGGUGCACGCCUACAUCAUCAGCUCCCUCAAGAAGGAGAUGCCCAACGUGUUCGGGAAAGAGAGCAAAAAGAAGGAGCUGGUGAACAACUUGGGAGAGAUCUAUCAGAAGAUCGAGCGGGAGCAUCAGAUCUCCCCCGGGGACUUCCCGAGCCUCCGCAAGAUGCAGGAGCUCCUGCAGACUCAGGACUUCAGCAAGUUCCAGGCCUUGAAGCCCAAGCUGCUGGACACGGUGGACGACAUGCUGGCCAACGACAUCGCCCGGCUGAUGGUGAUGGUGCGCCAGGAGGAGUCCCUGAUGCCCUCUCAGGCUGUGAAGGGCGGCGCCUUCGACGGCACCAUGAACGGGCCCUUCGGGCACGGCUACGGCGAGGGGGCCGGCGAGGGCAUCGACGACGUGGAGUGGGUGGUGGGCAAGGACAAGCCCACCUACGAUGAGAUCUUCUACACGCUGUCGCCUGUCAACGGCAAGAUCACGGGCGCCAAUGCCAAGAAGGAGAUGGUGAAGUCCAAGCUGCCCAACACCGUGCUGGGGAAGAUCUGGAAGCUGGCCGACGUGGAUAAGGACGGGCUGCUGGAUGACGAGGAGUUUGCCCUGGCCAACCACCUCAUCAAAGUCAAGCUGGAGGGCCACGAGCUACCCGCCGACCUGCCCCCGCACCUGAUCCCGCCGUCCAAGCGGAGGCACGAGUGACCGCCCCGCCCCGCCCGGCCGGGCCCACUAGGGGGCGGCGAGGGGCCGGAAAGACUGAGCAGAGUUGCCUCAGCUCUUACAAAGGAAAACCGCCAUCUUUCUUUUCAGGCCGUUCGCGGGCCCAGCAGGGAGGUGGGCGAUACACUUGUAUGUGAAUGAUGGAACUUUGUGCACAAGAACUAUGGAUAUUUUUAAUAUAUAACGUUAGAGGCA